AUGUCUGAAGAUACCAAGCGUCUUACCGCGGCUUUGACGGACCAAACCACUAUUCAACAACUAUCUAGUUCAGGCUAUGCUGUACAACAAGAUAGGGAAGCAAGGAGAAAGAGAAAAGAGGAGGCGGAAAAGAAAAAAGAAGACGAAAAGACGAAGCAGCAGGCAGGAGAAGCGAGCAAAGAUGCAAAAAGCUCCUAA